GUUCAUAAACCAGAAAGGCAGAAGAAGAAGAAGAAGAAGAAGAAGAAGAAAUACAAAGGAGAAUCUAAGAAGCAGCCGUGUUAGAUUCUUUUGCUUUCUUAAAGCAAACCCAGCUGCAGUUUACGGCGUUAUCUAAGUUUCAAUGGAGGAUGAUACUUGGAGCUUUGCGUUCUCAGUUUCACCUAGGAGCUAUCAAUCCACUCUUAAAUCCCAAAGUGAUCUUUUUAUUGAUUUUGAAGAGAUCGAAGAAGACGAUGAAUUGAUGACGGAAUACCCCUGCCCGUAUUGUUCGGAGGAUUUUGAUUUACUUGGCUUGUGCUGCCAUAUUGACGAAGAACAUCAUCUUGAAGCCGGCUAUGGGGUAUGUCCCGUUUGUGCUCAGAGAGUUGGGAUGAACAUGAUUGAUCACAUAACAAUGCAGCAUGGGAAUAUUUUCAAAAGUAACUACAAAUUAAAUUUUCAUAAAGGCGACUCUUAUUCAACUCUUUCUUCCUUGAGGAAGGAGUUGCAUGAUGCGCAUUAUCAAUCUCUUCUUUCCAGGUCAUGGUCUUCACUUUCUUCCUCCACCACAGGACCCGAUCCAUUGCUUUCAUUUCUUCAUAGUGCACCUCCUGCUGAUUCAUCCGGAAGUGUACAGCCUGCCUCUCCUACUGAAGUGACCUUGGAGGAAAAAGGCUCAAAUGAGAAAAUGUUAGAAAAAGAUGUUCACCCGUCACCAUUGUCAGAUAAGGAGCACUCAGAGAAGGCAAACAAGUGUGAGUUUGUACAAGGGCUAUUGUUAUCGACUAUUUUUUAUGGUGGCUUAUGAGCUAGGCAGAACAUAAUCGACGGUCCACAACCUCAAAUUUUAACAAACUGACCGUCAUCCACGUUCUUGCAUUGAACAUUCUGAUAGUUCAAUGUAGAAGCUAGGGAUAAAUCAAGAAUGUAAUGUAAUUUAUUUAAUAGGUUGAUGUUUCUCAAUUAAGACCUCAACAGAGUUCAAACUCCUGUAUUUCAUGUUUAAAGCAUAAGUUAAUAAAAGCCAUUAUUAGCUUUGUUUAAACCUUACAUUUGUUAGUUAAUCUGAAUGUAAAGCUUCAUAGGUAUUAAUAAAAUUUGAACACUUGCUUCAG